AACUGACAGCAGAAGAAAGAAAAGGCAAACAAAAAGGAAAAAAACACAAAACCCAAAAUUCUCUCUCUCUCUCUCUCUCUCUUUUCUUUCUCUUCUUCUUCUUCUUCUUCUUCAACCUGUAAGCUACGCUUACACAUGCUUAAAACAUAAAUCCUUUUUGAUUGAAUCACUAGACAAAAGAAGAAAAGAAAAGAGGGAAUUAAAGAAGCAAGCAAUCAAAAGUUAAUUAUGGGGUGUUGUGAAUCUUCAUUAGUAACAGAAACCCAUCCAGAAAAGGACCAAACGAAAAAACAAACCCAAAUUAAUAACCAUAAUAACCCAUCUCCAUCUUCUGUGCUUCUAGACCCUUCUACUGGAAUCCCAUCUUUCUCUGAGUUCUCUUUCUCAGACCUCAAAGCAGCCACUGAUAACUUCAGCUCUGACAAUAUAGUCUCUGAAAGUGGUGAAAAAGCUCCUAAUCUUGUAUACAAGGGCCGCCUUCAGAACCGCCGUUGGAUCGCUGUUAAAAAAUUUACUAAGAUGGCUUGGCCUGAUCCUAAGCAGUUUGCGGAGGAGGCUUGGGGUGUUGGGAAGUUGAGACAUAAAAGGUUGGCUAAUUUGAUUGGGUAUUGUUGUGAUGGAGACGAGAGGCUUCUUGUUGCUGAAUACAUGCCUAAUGAUACUUUAGCUAAGCAUUUAUUUCACUGGGAAAAUCAAACCAUUGAAUGGGCAAUGCGUUUAAGAGUAGCCUUUUACAUUGCUGAAGCCUUAGAUUAUUGCAGUUCUCAAGGGCGUCCAUUAUACCAUGAUUUGAAUGCGUAUAGGGUUCUCUUUGAUGAGGAUGGAGAUCCGCGCCUUUCAUGUUUUGGCUUGAUGAAAAACAGUAGGGAUGGGAAAAGUUACAGCACAAAUCUUGCUUACACGCCUCCUGAGUAUUUAAGAAAUGGAAGGGUGACCCCUGAAAGCGUUAUGUACAGUUUUGGUACUGUUCUUCUGGACUUGCUAAGUGGAAAGCAUAUCCCUCCAAAUCAUGCUCUUGAUAUGAUAAGAGGCAGAAACAUCAUUUUGUUAAUGGAUUCACAUUUAGAGGGAAACUUUUCCACAGAAGAAGCAACUGUGGUUGUUGGUCUUGGUUCUCAAUGUUUGCAAUAUGAACCCAGAGAACGGCCUAGCACAAAGGAUCUUGUUACAACACUUGCUCGCCUGCAAACGAAACUUGAUGUCCCGUCGUAUGUAAUGCUUGGAAUUGCAAAACAUGAGGAAGCUCCGCCAACCCCUCAGCGCCCUCUCUCACCAAUGGGUGAGGCUUGUUCAAGGAUGGAUCUCACAGCGAUUCAUCAGAUCUUGGUUAUGACACACUACAAAGAUGAUGAGGGAACAAAUGAGUUAUCUUUCCAAGAGUGGACACAACAAAUGAGAGAUAUGCUGGACUCAAGGAAGCACGGGGACUAUGCAUUCCGUGAUAAAGAUUUUAAAACGGCAAUUGACUGUUAUUCCCAGUUCAUAGAUGUGGGAACCAUGGUUUCUCCAACAGUUUUUGCACGGCGCAGUCUAUGUUAUCUCAUGAAUGAUCAGCCAGAUGCUGCCCUUCGAGAUGCAAUGCAAGCACAGUGUGUAUAUCCAGAGUGGCCUACAGCCUUUUAUAUGCAGUCAGUUGCACUUGCCAAACUGGACAUGCAUAAUGAUGCUGCUGACAUGUUGAAUGAAGCUGCUGCACUAGAAGAAAAGAAACGGAGUGGGAAAGGAUCAUGAGAAUUGACUGUAUCAUCAAUAAAAGUUCUCCCCUCCUUACAGAUCAUCGAGGCCACACCAAGUUCGUGUAAAAUUUGAGCUCUGAAUUGAUUUCUUGUAUCCAUUUAAGAAAAGAAAAAAAAAUUGUAAUAUAUAAAGACAUUGUUGCAUUAAUGCACACGUAAUUUUCCCUCUUUGAUGGGAAUUAGUUGAGGUAGCUACGAGUUGUAAUGAUCUGUUUGUUCUUGAAUGCACUUUCCCUACUGAUUUUCCCGGUAGUAAUUACUUGGAAAUUGAUCUGCUCAA